UUUGCUACUUAAGUGUGACUUUGUAGCAUUUUUACACAGCAACUUUUUUUCUUUUCAGGGUUUACAGGUGAAGACAGACUAUAUUCCCUUGCUGCAGUCGCUGGCUUCAUUCGGAUGGAGACUCACUUGUGUGCUGCCUACACCCAUCGUCAAGACUAACAGUGAUGGAAGUUUGGCCACCAAACAGAUCGUUUUCCUCCAGAGACCAAUGUUGCCUCGCAAGAAGAAAGACUCCAAGAAAGUCAUCUUUAAAGCACGGAACAAGUCCAACAAGAACUCCAUCAAAGACGCACCAAAGAACAAGAAGAAGAAAGAGAAAGAGAUGAGUGAUCAAAAGAGCAGCGAGAAGAGCGCUGACGAGACGAACGAACGACGGGAGGAAAACCCGAAUGCAGAAGUGCAGAAGGAAGACAGAGAGGAAGGGAAUGAGACAGAGGAAGGGACGGCUACAGGAAGUGAGGUCGGAGCUGACAGCGAGAAACAAGAAGAGGUGGGCGGAGGUAACGACAGAGAUGCUGAGGAUAAGGUAGACGAGAGUAGUGUGAAAACUGCCGCUGAAAUGGGGCCGGAUAAAGACAAAGCAGCACAAGAGACAGGACAACAGGAAGUGGACAAACAGGAAGACGAAUCAGCCAAUCAGGAUUGAGGAUGCACUCACACCCACCAGGCCAAUGGAAGUGGACCUUUAUGAAUGUUAAAAUGCUACCCUGCAAAAAAAUAAUCAAUAUUUUGUCUUGUGCAGUAUCUAAACAUCCUUGAAACAGGAUCAAUCUCGCUUCAAAGAUCUUCAGAUACCCAUAGAGACAAAACUACUGGUUGACGUCGUGUAGCUUACAGUUUCAGACCUCACCUCCUGUAACCAAUGCUGAACGUUUAACUCGGCCGAUCGAGGUCUUUAAAUGAGCCGAAAGGACUCCGGGAUCCUGGAAGAGGGAGGAGAGAUGGGAAGAGAUUGUUAUCGGUAGAUGCACUGGAUGGGAAAACCACAUUAAUAUUUAGUCGAUGAGCCCAGAGGGACUCGAAGAGGAGACGGUUACUGUUGCGAGAAGCAAUCUAUUGUGAUGUAAGGUGCAUAUGUUUGUGUAUGUUUUGUUUACGUUUAUAUGAAUAUUUCAUGUCACCGUCCAAACAAAAGGUUCAGCUUCUCGAAGUUUGAGAGAAGAUACGCACCUGAAGUUUGUUGGUUUGGUUGUUAACUUUCUGGUUUAAAGGAAUAGUUCACACAGAAAUGAUAAUUCUGUCAUCAUUUAUUGUUGUUCCAAACCUGCAUUACUUUAUUUUAUGGAAAAAGUGGAAAUAAGUGAAUGAAAGUUGUAUGGAAAUCCAUUCCUGCCACAUAAGAAAAUAAAAAUCAUAGAAAUCAUGAGAUAAAAAGUAAAAAAUUAUGUACUAACUCAAAACUGAAAUACUAAGUUAUAAUUAUGAGAUAAAAAGUAGAAAUUAUCACAUACACUCAAAUUUAUUUAAUUUAUUUUAUUUCAUAUUUAAGAAUUUCAAUUGUAUAGUAAAAUUCCAUAAAAUUAAAUUGAAUAAUUAUUUAAUAAUUAUUUAUUUAAUUAUUUAUCUCAUCGUUCUAAUUAUGAGAUAAAAAGUAGAAAUUAUCAUAUAGACUCAAAAGACAAAAUUUUAAGCCUUUAUGAUUUUUAAUGAAAAAUUUCAAUUGAAUUGAAUUCAAUGAAUUUCAAUUGUAUUGUAAAAUUCCAUCAAAUAAUUGAAUAAUUAUUUAUCUCAUAGUUCUAAUUAUGAGAUAAAAAGUAGAAAUGAUCAUAUACACUUAAAAAAACGCCUUUUUUGUAAGAUUUACAAAUUUCAAUUGUGUAGUAAAAUUCCAUAAAAUUAAAUUGAAUAAUUAUUUAAUAAUUAUUUAUUUAAUUAUUUAUCUCAUAGUUCUAAUUAUGAGAUAAAAAGUAGAAAUUAUCAUAUACACUUAAAAAAAGCCUUUUUUAAGAUUUACAAAUUUCAAUUGUAUAGUAAAAUUCCAUCAAAUGUAAUUGAAUAAUUAUUUAAUUAUUAUUAAUUUAAUUAUUUAUCUCAUCGUUCUAAUUAUGAGAUAAAAUGUAGAAAUUAUCAUAUAGACUCAAAAGACAAAAUUUUAAGCCUUUAUGAUUUUCAAUGAAAAAUUUCAAUUGAAUUCAAUUCAAUGAAUUUCAAUUGUAUAGUAAAAUCCCAUAAAAUUAAAUUGAAUAAUUAUUUAAUAAUUAUUUAUUUAAUUAUUUAUCUCAUCGUUCUAAUUAUGAGAUAAAAAGUAGAAAUUAUCACAUACACAAAAAAUCCUUUUCUUAAUUAAAAAAAUAUUAAUUCUUAAUUAUAUUAAUAAUAUGGUGCUACACUACACAACUGAAAUUUGUAAACCUUCAAAAAUCUUAAUUUUUUUUUUUUUUUUUUUUUUUGAGUGUACUAAAUCAUAAUUAUGGAUUUUACUGUACAGUUUAAAUGAGUAAAUCUUUAAAAAGGCUUAAAAAUUUUUGCCAUGUACCAGUUCAUAAUUAUGAAUUUUACUAUAC